AUGUCUCUUUCAAAGGAUGGUCUUCUGGAGAAGGGCUACUGGGAUGACCUCAACCCUUCAUCACAGCCUUCUCGCCUCACCCGUACAAAGCAAUGGGUCUUAGACCUGGUCAAGCCCUCGUUCAUCGGCAUAGCCGUGCCGUCGAGGGAGACAGCACGGAGGACAGCGUACCUCGAUGGUCUCAGAGGCUUUGCAGCACUCCUCGUGUACUGGGGCCACCACGAACUAUGGGCACACGACUCUCUAUCUGCAGACAAGAUCCUGGAGAAUGCGUAUGGUUAUGAAAAUACCCGCUACGUUGCAUGUCUACCGAUCAUACGACUCUUCUUCUCAGGAGGCCAUUUUGCCGUCACCAUCUUCUUCGUGAUGUCUGGAUAUGUUCUUGCCGCUAAGCCACUGUCUAUGAUACAAUCGGGAGAAUAUAUGAGAUUGGGAGACAACCUAGCGUCCGCCUUGUUCAGGCGCUGGCUACGACUGUUCAUUCCUAUUGCCUGUACGACAUUUUUGUACUUGACAUCCUGGCAUGUCUUCAAUUAUCGAGCGGAGCCCGAGCCAAAAUCUACAUAUCGCGAAGAGCUUUGGAACUGGUACUGCGAAUUCAAAAACUUCAGCUUUGUAUUCAACACUGGUGGCAACCCGUGGUUUAGCUACAGCUUUCCUACGUGGUCCAUUCCCGUUGAGUUCAAAGGCUCGAUUGUCAUAUAUACCACACUACAGGCUCUUUCCAGGUGUACCAGAAAUGCCCGACUCUGGUGCGAAAUUGGCCUUAUCUUCUACUUCAUGUACAUCGCCGAUGGCAUGUUCUUCGCUCUCUUCAUGGCAGGGAUGCUUCUGUGUGACCUCGACCUACUGGAGCAGGCUCACAAUCUACCUCGUCCGCUGUCCAAACUGGGCACCUACAAGACAGCGAUCAGCUAUAUCUUGUUUGCGUUCAGCCUGUACUUAGGUGGCUGUCCCUCACACAGCGCGGAUAUCCAUGUCUUGAGGGAUUCUCCUGGAUGGAACUAUCUAUCAAGGCUGAAGCCUCAGGCCGUGUUUGAUUACAAAUGGUUCUACCUGUUCUGGGCGUCAGUGUUUUUGGUGUCGUCGAUCCAGCGUAUCUCUUGGCUGAGAGGCUUCUUUGAGACAAGAUUCAGCCAGUAUCUUGGCCGCAUCUCGUUUGCAUUCUACCUUGUCCACGGACCUAUUCUUUGGUCGAUCGGAGACAGGGUGUAUGCUGCAGUCGGCUGGACCAAAGAAUCUCAUGCCAUUAAUGCUCCUGCAUGGAUCAAUAUCUUGCCACUGCCAAAGACUGGACCUUUCGGCUUGGAGUUGAGUUUUUUGCUGGCUCAAAUGGUUCUCCUGCCCCUGACGCUUUGGAUCGCGGAAAUGGCAACGACCUUGAUUGACGAACCUUCUGUCAAGUUUUCGCAGUGGCUGUACAGCAGAAUGCAGAUGCCACUGACAAAACUGUAA